AUGGUGGCCAUUAGCAUCAUUACGAUCAGCAAGGAGCUGAUGCUGGCCUGCCGCCAGCUGGGCCAUGUCGUCUCAGAGGCCUUGGCAGCCAUCGUCGCAGCAACCGUGGUGAACAGCCAGGGUGGCUUCUUUUCUGAGAAGCCGAUCGAUGAGAACGAUGCCAAAACCGUUGUGGAGGAGGCGGCGAAGAAGAUCCUCUCGAAGGAGAGGCCUGGCAUCUCCACCCUCCGCCUCCAGGCAGACUACGAGCUGGCGUUCUCGGACAUUGAGCAGGCAAAUCAGAAGCAUCUAUCCUCGGCCAAGGAAGCUGAAGAAAAGACGCUGGCCUGGAUCUCCAAGUUCACGGCGAAGUUUGACGAGGACUUUGACACGCUGACCAGCCUCUACAAGAAGAUCUACCACUUCCUCCUGCUGAGGUGUACCAGCCCGUCCGGUGAGGCGAAGCCGCCCAAGGACGUGGCAGUUGAACGGGAGGUGGCCGCAGCUUUAGAGUCCGUCUUCCCCCGGGUCGGGUUGAGAUCCUUCGUGGCCCUGACGGGUGCGGAGAAGGCGGCGCAGUUGCAGGAGCUCACCGGCAUUGUGCUGGGCAUCCGCCUCUUCAACAUGCACCAGCGGAAGGGCGGGGCGGGAUUGCCCUCGGUGAUAGACGUGCACAAGAAGCUGAACAGCGAGGAGCUCCUGGACAACCUCAGCAAGGAGGCGGAGGAAGUGACGGAGCUCUGCCAGGACUACUCCGACGUCCUGGUGACCGCUUCGGGGAGCUUGCGCAGCAAGCAAGUGGAGGGUCUCGUUGACGAGAAGGAGUUGCAGCGGCUGCAGUGCGACCUCCUCUACCACCGCCAGUAUCUCUGCUACCUUCUGAACUUGCAGGAGGACGUCACUUUGAGCCUGGAGAAGCUUCGCAAAGGUCAGGGGCAGCUUCGCGAGGAGCUGAUGGACUUAGAGGCCCUCGUCGGCGGCCGAGUCUCCGUCCCCAAGGAGCAGGUCUACCCUCGCUUCGACGCGUUGGCAAGAUGCUAUCGCGAUUCCUGGCGGGAGGCUCUUCGGCCCAAAGUUCCCACGACGGUAAACGAUGUAUCGGAAGCUCGUAGGGGCAUAGUUGCCUUGGUUGCUGCCACAGCCUUGGGCGAUGAUGAUGAUGAUGAUGAUGAUGAUGAUGAUGAUGGUGAUGGUGAUGGUGAUGGUGAUGGUGAGGAUGAUGAUGAUGAUAAUGAUGAUGAGCAUGAUGAGCAUGAUGACGAUGACGAUGAUCAUGAUCAUGACGACGAGGAUGAGGACGAGGAUGAGGACGAGGAUGAGGACGAGGAUGAGGACGAGGAUGAGGACGAGGAUGAGGACGAGCAUGAGGACGAGCAUGAGGACGAUGAGGAAGAUGAAGAGGAUGAGGAGGAGGAGGAGGAGGAUGAGUUGGAUGAGGAGGAUGAGGAGGACGAGGAGGUAAUUGUGAUGGACCAAUUGUGA